AUGGCCAACAUCCGCGACCUCUUCACCCGUGACCACCAUGAAAAGGUCCCUCCUGAUUUGCAGCACGCGCUUACUCUACUCCGUCUGGAUGGCUACCAAGGACUUGAAGACCGUCUACUCGAUACCGAUGCCUUUCUCCGCCCAUGGUCCGUGUUUCGCGACUCUGUGUAUCUACUGUCACCAGACGCUGUGCCGCGCACCACCCAAAUCAUCCCCAUCGGCGGAGAUCCCGGCGGCAAUGGAGUUUCCCGCCUAGACAUCCUCUGGUUCUAUACGCAAUUCGACGAAGGCACUUUGCGCUAUGACCCGCGAGCAGACAGGUACAACAUCGACCACACGACUGAUACCAGCCUGUAUGGCGUCAUCGAUAAGAGCAAGUGGCGCAUUGAGGAGCAUGAGAAGCAUCUAUAUGCUUGGCUGUUGCAGGAGUUCAAGGUUGGCAAGAGUUACAACCCGUGGCGAUUCGAGUGCCUCGAGCUGAAGAACGUCUGUACGGUGUGGGAAGAAAUUUUCAUUCCUAUCGUCAACGCAGUUCGUACCUCAUACAGCUCCAUGGGUCGCCGACACUAUGGCCGACUCGCCCUCUUCAUCGAGGUGAGAUGCCCUUCAGCGCUCGCAUUUCCCGGUAGCAACGUAGCCGUCCCUGAAGGUGGAGUCUUGAGUCCAACUCCGUACCGUCUUGUGUCGAUACCUAAGAAGACAGCGAACACUGCGGGCGCGACACCAUACUAUGCUCAGGAGUUCGCGCAGGGUGUCCUGACCGCGAAGAACUACGACACGACCGAGAGGGAGCUGCGGGAUGUCUACCCUCAGUACGGUGGCCUCGUCGAGCGUCCCAAAUUCAAGCAGAAGAUGGAGGACUGGUUGGCGGAGCAGCGUGCUCGAGCCGAAAGUCGCAAAGGUCUUGGGAACCAUGGGCGGGUCAACUCGUUCCAGCCAAGCAUCAGGUCGCGGAAUGGCAGUGGCAGUCCCGUCAAACGGUCACCACAAGGCAGCGUUCCCAGACGACAGGACCUGCAUAAGCGAUCAGCUAGUGGUGUGGGAGAUGGUGGAAGUCCGAUCAAGCAGUACUCCGAGAGCCUCAAGCGCACGUUGACCAACGCUGUGUCUUCUCUUAGAGGAGGGGACCAGAGGAGCCCGCUCCAUGGCGUGACGCGUCAGCUACAUUUCCCGGACCGCAACUCAUCGCAGCCUUAUGACCCUCUGCGCGAUUCAAUGAGGAUCACGCCGCUGCCUCGCCCCCAGCAGCAUCGCGAGACCUCCGGCGUAAGCGUCUUCACCUCGAUCCGAAACUCGAACCCUUUCAUAGAAGACUUGGCUGAUCAGAUCAAGCGUGCGCGUGGCGACUCCGACGAUUCAGUCUUCUCUCCCAUGGGACAGCUCAGCGCCAUCCCACGUCCUUUGCAACCUGAGGCCGAUGAGGUUCGCAGUUUUAAGCUAUAUCUCGAGGAGAGUCCGGAGAUCCGCGAGAGGAAGUCGUACCACGACGUUCGCGUCCCAAGCUAUGAAGGUAGUGAGUGGGAGAAAGAGAUCUCUCUUACUGACUUGCACGUGCGCCGCAUGAACACGAUGCGUAACCCAGAGCCAGCUCGUACUAGGACGCCUGCUACCCGUCUGCCGGCGCCAAUCCUUCCUAUUCCCUACAGUGGUCCUCGUGUCGCAUCGGCAGAUACGCCUGGCCAGUCCAAGUUCCAGCUACCCCAGACUGUGUUGCCACCUCCAAAGCUAGUCAGCAUGCCAGUUCAGCCGGGUACAGCCGCGCAAAAGGUCGCAUGGCCCGGUCCGCCCUCAACAUUGCCCAAAGCCGUACCUUGGCCCAACACCCCAUCACCCAAAGCCAGAAAGAGUUCAUGGAAAUUCCUCCAUUCCGACUCCGAACAUGUCCACAUCCCUCCUCCCAUUCCUGCAAAGUCACCUGAGCGUCAGAUCCGCAACCCACGCUCCAGACAGCGUGAAGAUCCAGAUCAUGAGAUGCUCCGCAUCGUGUCCAGGGAAAACAUACGGAAUGCACUUGGUGAUCUUUCCCGUGAGAGCUCAUGCGAGGAGUUGGCACCGCCCAAGGCUGUGUUGGAUCCCGCGCAUGCUAUAAGUCCGGUGAAGCAGCAACUGAGGACGUUCAACAGUCACCUAUUCCCGCGGAAGGAUGAGCGAAAGGGUACGCCUGUUGGCGAGUGGGUCAAGGGAGAAGUGGAGAAUAGCCGCUGCAACCCAGGUGGAGCGUAA